ACAGCGUGUGCAGGAUGUCGAGCCGAGGAAAAAGCGCGGACGAGAUUUCCUGGCGACGCAAAGCGUACGAGCGUCACCGUUCCAGAGUGAAGUCGGCCCGAGCGACGGUGGAUAUGAAUCCACCGGAAUACAGAUCUCACGUCGCGUUCAACGCAAAAAGGGUGCAGUUGGAGCGCGAACGGCAGGCGCGAAUUGUCAGAGACAACUUUAUCCUCUUAAAGAAGCUUCGUGAUAUCAUGCAUCGAAAGCAACGAGUCGCAGAGGACACGCAGCGAGUGCGAUGGCAAGAAUCGAGAUGCGUUAGGACUCGUUAAAAAGAAGAGGAUAAUCGAUAAAUUUUCUCUCUACAGAACGAGCUGAAUUAUUGAUAACUUAAUUUUACAUUGACAUUCACCUGAGAAAGAAUUAAUUUUACUUAUAAGUUAU